GAGAGAGAGUAAGAAAACAGACAGAGGAAGAGAGAACAGAGAACAGAGGAAGAUAGGUAGUUAAAGAAAGAAGUAAAGAAAGAAAGAUAUUAAAAGGAGAGAAAAGAGGGAAAAUAUAUAGAAAGUGUGAGGGAGGCGACGGGGAGAGUUUUACACAAAGAAGAGAUGGACAGAGAAGAAACCCAGAGAGAGAGAGCGAGAGAGAGAGAGAGAGAGAGAGAGAGAGAGGCUGUAGCUGGAAAAUGUAGAUAGACACCUUGGAGAGGAGAGAAGCACGCAGAGGGGCCAGCGCUCAAGUAGAGUAGAGAGGAGAUUGUACAGGAGGACGGGAGGAGAAAAGAGGGGAGGAGAGACCGGCAGAACCAGCAAGACGAGAGAGAGAGCAGUGUGUGGAGAGAAAGAGAGAGCGAGAGAGACGAAGGAGGGGGACACAGACCACUGUGAGAGGAGGGUGCCGGCUUUGCACGGUAACGGCUGCAGACACGACACACAGACAGAGAGACGGACUACAGAGCUGCACACACACACACACACACACUCACACAAACACACAUAAAGAGUGUGUGAGACAUGCCCAGGCUGCUGCCCAUGGACACACACACACACAACCUGGCAGGGCAUCCGAGAGGACAUACAGACCCCUAUGUCUAAGGAGUCAUGGAGAGCAGCAUGUUUUUCGGUAAUGCAUGUCAAAAUGGCCUCCUGCCGACGCUGAUACGUCCUGCUCUGCCCACCAUCCAGCAGUCUCUGGGCAUGAAGCAGUUCCAGCUCCCGUUUCCCCUGGAUACGGCCUCAGCAGUCAGCCUUUUCCCCGGCUUCGGCAUGAUGGACCCAGUUCAGAAAGCUGUUAUGCAUCACACGUUCGGAGUUCAUCCCUUGACGAAGAGAAGACACGUCUCGUGCAGCGUGUGCCAACUGAGAUUCAACUCACAGAGCCAAGCUGUAGCCCACUACAAAGGAACAAAACAUGCCAAGAAGCUGAAAUCUCUGGAAGCUACCAAAUGUAAGCUCAAAGGUACAGUGGUCACCAAGGAAACCACCAACCAGGAAGUCCCUAAGAGCAUCAACCCUCCAGCAAUGUGCUACAGCACUGGCAGGAAAGAUGGCUUUCCAGGUGCAUCGCCACUCCCACUAUCUCCUGUGCUCACACUGGCUCCAACCCUGGGAUCCCUGACAUCAACCCUGGCACCCAUGACAUCAAUGUUACCACCCCUGGCACCUACGCUGGCAUCGAGUCCCAAUUCAUCCACAGGGACAGAGACUACCUCAGCUACAGGAUGGGAUGACAGGGCCUCGCCCAAAUCCAGCUCACCUUUAGAACCAGACAUGGAGGUGGAGCAAGAGGCUGAGACAGACCCGGAGACAGAGGAAGAGAAAGCCAGGCGUCUGCUCUACUGCUCGCUCUGCAAGAUGGCCGUCAACUCGGCAUCCCAACUGGAGGCUCAUAACAGCGGUACGAAGCACAAGACCAUGCUAGAGGCCAGGAGUGGUGUGGGCUCCAUCAAGUCCUUCCCCCGGCCAGGGGUCAAGAGUAAGCUAGCUCCGCCCACCAAGGCAGCCACGGGCCUGCAGAACAAAACAUUUCACUGUGAGAUCUGCGAUGUGCACGUCAACUCCGAGACACAGCUAAAACAGCACAUCAGCAGCAGACGUCACAAAGACCGAGCGGCGGGCAAACCGGCUAAACCCAAAUACAGUCCCUACAGUAAACCCCCAAAAGUCCAGGCCACACAACCAGUGAAGCUGACAGUGGGGAAGGAGUUGUGCCAACCUCAGAUCACCCAGAUAAUGCCCGCUCACCUGGCAGCAUUGGCAUCAGCAGCAGCAGCCAUGGGCUCGGCCUUCCCCGGCCUCCGCUCCAACCACGCUCCCUCCCAUGGCCCCACACUUUUUCAGACACAGACCCUCCCUGCUGCCCUGCUCCGCCCCGCCCCCGGGCCUGUCAGGACCUCCCAUACACAGUUACUGUUUGCCCCCUACUGACUCACAACCCCACCCUAUAGACUCUAUGGACUUCCCAUGACGGCCGUGCCACGGAAGUUGUUAUGAACCAGAGUCCUCUUCCCUCUGCUUAUCCCUUUAUACAUUUGGACCAUAGGCCACCUUCACCAGAAUAUGGGGAUAAUAGGCACACAGGUAUUGUUUAACCCAUACUGCCAGAUAAACCCUACUGGGCUGGCCAGACCUCCCGUUAUGGAUUUCCCAAGGAACCCAUCAAUGGCCUAGAAUUGAUCAGUGUCCCCCUUCCCUCUGCUGUUCCCCCUACAUUCAGAGAAGAACCACACCGGAACGAAUAAUGGCUAAAAUAAACAGAUGGGCGCAGUGUGUUAGCGAUCACCUGCUGGGUAUGAACGAUCCAACAUGUAGAAUCAUGGGGAAAUAACCUCAAAUAAUAGCCGAUAUUCUGGUCAGUGGCGAUAGGACGGCCACCCAUGGCUUUUAACCAACCGUUUGUCGUCCUGGUGUGUUUCCUCUGAAGACUACGAUCUUCACCAAAACAUAUGGACUCCAGACAACCUGAAGCAUUACAUCUGGACUACUGCCCACUCUAUUCCAUUUGGAUUACUACUGCUCUACAGUAUUAACCCUGCAUUUCCCCUUCCACUUGACUACAGGCCAGUCUCUUCAUUACUGGAGAACCACCCUGUCGAAUCUACUCUACUACUUCAUCUUCAGAGAGUCAUUGACUCAUCACAAUUCCCUCCUAUAGUAGCUAGUACUUAGUCGUACCCACACAGACACCCCUUCUAGUAUUACAGGGCUACUUAGCCCCAAACGUUCCUGUGCCAUUCUCUUGCCCUUGAAUCAUACCCAAGAACAGGACUUGGAGUUAUAUUGUACUGCAAUAAUGUAUAAGACAAACCAGUGAACUAUGCAGUGUCAUUUCUGUCUAAUGCGAGGCACAGUUUGAGCUAUAAAUGUGUUCUAGGGAUAUCAUAUUUGCAGAGAUAGUGUCGCACUAAGAUCAUUGCUUCAGUGGAGGUAGUUAUCACUCACGGCUGAUACGGAUCUCCUCUUUUGCUGUAUGCACUUUAAGUCCCCCCUCUGUUGACGUCGGCAGUGCAUUAGCUGGCUAGAGUAUGUGUUGUAGUUCCUCUUGCAUUACGUGUAUGUGUCUGUUGGUGUGUAAGUGUUUGUUUCUUUGUGUGUGUGCGUAUGUGUGUGGGUGUAUAUGGGUGUUUGUGUGUGACCUUGCCCUCCACCUUAAAGCCAUCCCAGCUGACACCCAAUAACCAUUCUGAAUGACCACGUCACGGUUUAAAGGGACCACUAAUGCUUGUGUAUAAUAUCUGUUAAUGUGUAAAAGAUUAACAAUUUCAAAUAAAAGAGUCUUACUUUGUUAACUUUGUUGAUGCUAGAAUUCACCAAUGGGACUGUACCGUUGCACAUGCAUGUAGAAAAAUGUACGCACUACAUUAAGUCACUCUGGAUAAGAGCCUCUGCUAAAUGACUAAAACGUCAAAUGCCGCCUGAUGACCAGAGAGCAAGAGAGCAAGACAUUAAUUGUGUGACAAAUGGGUAUUGAGGUUCCUUGGUAACACAGGGUGAAAUUUAUUUAUCACCUGUUUAUUAGGACUCCUGAGAAAACCACAGAUUGGAUUGAUGAAUUGCAUCCUAUUCGAUGCCAACCAAACUUUUGAUAUCUUUUCCUUUGGCCACAGAAAACAUUCAUUUUAUGAUUGUGAAGAAUUGAUCUGGUGGGCUGUGGAUGUGUAACAACAGGCGUGUUUAUAUGCAGUAGCACACACUGCUGAACUAACAGCUGGUUGUUUUCUGUCAUCUUUUUUUUUUUAAAGACAGAAGUUCAUUGCGCUAUUGCUUCUAUUGAGUAGGUCUUCCCUUUCUAUCUAUGUAGGCUGUAGAAAACGGUGUCGUGCUGGAGGGCUAAUGUACAGGCAGGAGGAUGUGUAGUAACACAGUAGGAACAGGCUCUGAAGUCGGAUACCCUUGGGACACAAGGGCAGAUUCCGACAGCGUGUCUGUCCACGUUCACCUCGGAUUCCACAGUAUGAUAAGUGCCUCAAUUAACAUUCCACGUCCAUUAGAACUUCAUAUUUCUUCCAGCCGUUUUUAUACCGUUUUGAAACCUGGUGCUGUUAGGCAGGGUAGCCUAGUGGUUAGAGCAUUUGACUAGUAACCGGAAGGUUGCAAGUUCAAACCCCUGAGCUGACAAGGUUGUUCUGCCCCUGAACAGGCAGCUAACCCACUGUUCCUAGGCCGUCAUUGAAAAUAAGAAUUUGUUCUUAACUGACUUGCCCAGUUAAAUAAAGAUAAAAUAAAUCUUUGACUGAACACCUGCAUCACAUGCCAGUUGGUUUUUACAGUCUCAUGUUUCAGCAGACUGCUUUCAUGCCUUUCAUGGUUGAAGUUAGGAUAGGGAUUUGAUUAGAAGUCCCAGUCAAAUAUUUUUGUGAGAAGGUAGAAUUAUUAGAGUGCACAAAACAACAAAUGAAAUCCAAAUGAAAUCCUAAUCCAAACAUAGGUCACAACACAGAGUUUUUGAGGUUUGGUUUCGAAAUGUGUCUAAAAUGUGCUGUUUGCCUUUUCUUUUUCUCAGUCUUAAAGAGCUAUACAGUACCUUUGACCUUGGCAAUAAAGUUAGCCUUAAUGAGAGCAAAGCCCAAAAGCUUCGGCUUGUUUAGGAGUCUAUGGUUACCAUGCAGUUCAGAUCGACCAUGACACAACAACAUUACAAACAUGUUUCCCCAAAUGUAUUGGAAUGAGUUUGUUUGAAUGGAACUGAGAUCCAAACAUAAGUUAAGGAAAGCAUUUACAUGCAAACAAAUAGCCCAACUAAGUUUUCUGCUCUCCACAUUGUACAAUAUAGCUAUUGUUGACAUCUUCCAUUGGCUCCAAAUCCACCUUCAUUCCGAGGCUUUGUCAUGUCCAAUAUCAACAUGCGGAAUCACUGAGUCAGGGGGAGAAGAAAUUGGCACAAAUAGUAUACAAAUAAAUAAAUAAUACUAGCCUUGA